GAGGAAAAAAUUGAACGAUCAUGGCCUACCAGAGAGUUAUGAUUGAACCAAUUAUUGAAUUUUCUUACAAAAAUCUGAAAUUUCAACAACGCUUGUUCAUUACUACCCACUCACUGUAUGCUUGUUCCAGUAGUAAAAUUCACAAUCUAUCCUCUAAAAACUUAGCUUAUUCCGAUGGCUAGCAGUAGCAGAGACUCUUCAACUUUAGCUCUGAAAAAUAGCUAUUUUGAUGUGUUUGUGAGCUUCAGAGGUGAAGACACUCGCUACAAUUUCACGGAUUUUCUUUUCGACGCCUUUCAAACUCAAGGCAUUUUUGCGUUCAGGGAUGACAAUAAUCUUCCAAAAGGUGAAUCCAUAGCACCCGAGCUUCUUCGUGCAAUCCAAGUUUCUCAGAUUUUUAUUGUUGUAUUCUCAAGGAACUAUGCUUCAUCAACUUGGUGCUUGCAAGAAUUGGAAAGUAUAUGUGAAUGCGUUCAAGUGUCUGGAAAGCAUGUUCUUCCUAUUUUCUAUGAUGUUGAUCCUUCUGAUGUUAGGCAUCAAAAAGGAAUUUAUGCUCAAGCUUUUGCCAAACAUGAACACAGAUUCCAACAUGACUCCCAGAUGGUGUCAAGAUGGCGAGAAACUCUAACACAGGUUGCCAAUCUCUCCGGAUGGGAUCUGCGUGAUAAGCCACAAUCUGCAGAGAUUAAAAACAUUGUUCAAAAGAUAAUUGAUAUAUUGGAUUGCAAAUCUUCAUCUGUUUCAAAAGAUUUAGUUGGUAUGGAUUCUCCUGUACAAGAAUUAGAAAAGCUUUUACUUUUGGACUCAGUUCAAGAUGUUCGCGUGGUAGGAAUUUGCGGAAUGGGAGGAAUAGGGAAGACAACUGUUGCUACUGUUUUAUAUGAUCGAAACUCUCAACAAUUCGGUGCAUGUUGUUUUAUUGAUGAUGUAAGCAAAAUUUAUAGGCUACACGAUGGUCCACUCGGUGCACAAAAGCAAAUUAUAGAUCAAACUCUCGGACAAGAGCACCAUAACAUAUGCAAUCAUUACAGCGCAACCAAUCUGAUACGACGCAGGCUAUGUCACCAAAGGGCCCUUAUGAUUCUUGAUAACGUUGGUCAAGUCGAACAACUAGAAAAAAUAGCUGUGCGUCGUGAAUGGUUAGGUGCCGGUAGUAGAAUCAUUAUCAUUUCUAGAGAUGAGCAUAUAUUGAAACAGUAUGGGGUGGAUGCAGUUUACCAAAUUCCUCUCUUGGAUCACACUAACUCUCUUCAAUUAUUGUGUCGAAAAGCUUUUAAACUUGAUUACAUUUUGAGUAGUUAUGAAGGGUUGGUUAAUGGCAUACUAAAUUAUGCCAAUGGCCUACCCCUAGCAAUUAAUGUAUUGGGUUCAUUUUUGUAUGGUCGAGAUAUUUCUGAAUGGAGAAGUGCAUUGGCAAGAUUGAGAAAAAGUCCAGACAAAGAUGUCAUGAAUGUGUUGCGAUUAAGUUUUGAUGGGCUAAGGGAGACAGAAAAAGAAAUAUUUCUUCAUAUUGCUUGUUUUUUCAAUGGAAGUGAGAAGGAAUAUGUUAAAAAUGUUUUAAAUUGUUGUGAAUUUCAUGUUGAUAUUGGAUUAAGGGUUCUUAUAGAUAAAUCACUUGUAAGCACUGAAUAUGGAAUCAUUGUAAUGCAUAAUUUGUUGGAAGAGCUAGGCAGAAAAAUUGUUCAAGAAAACACAAGCAAAGAGCCCAGAAAGUGGAAAAGGCUAUGGUUCGACAAACAGCUCUAUGAUGUUAUGUUGGAAAACAUGGAAAAGAAUGUUGAAGCAAUAGUUUUGGAUCAUGAAUAUGAAGAAUAUAGUGAGGUCGAUGAAGGUAUGGAUGCAGUGAUAUUCAAAGACUUUUCAAAUCUUAGAUUGCUCAUCAUCAAGUAUGUGAAAGUAUCGGGAAGCCUCAAUCGUCUUUCUAAUGAAUUGAGAUAUAUUGAGUGGAAUGAAUAUCCUUUCAUGUAUUUGCCAUCAUGUUUUCAACCCAAUCAACUUGUUGAGCUGAUAUUGAAGUCUAGCAGCAUCAAACAACUCUGGGAAGGCAAGAGGAAUCUGCCCAAAUUGAGAAUUUUGGAUCUGAGCCACUCCAAAAAUCUAAUAAAGAUGCCAAAUUUUGGAGAGUUCCUGAAUCUUGAACGGCUAAAUCUUAAAGGAUGUAUUAAACUUGUGAUGCUGGAUCCAUCUAUUGGGCUUCUAAGAAAGAUUGUUUCCUUGAAUUUAAAAGAUUGCAAAAGUCUAGUAAGCAUACCCAACAACAUAUUUGGUAUCAGCUCUCUCAAAGAUCUAAAAAUGUCUGGGUGUUCUGGGUGUUGUUUCAAAGAUUUUAACAAUACAAGGCAUUUGGAUAUAAGUGAAACUGCUUCACAUUCCCAAUCAACGUCCUCCAUUUGCAAAUGGACCACAAAGCCUUACCAUUCCUUGUUUCCCACUCCCACAACAAACAUAGUUAUGUUUCCUUCCUCUCUUAGUAUAUAUUGUUUGCUUGAAGUUGAUAUUAGCUAUUGUGGUUUAAGCCAACUCCCUGAUGCUAUUGGUUGUUUACGAUUGUUAGAAAUGUUAAAUCUCGCGGGGAAUGAUUUUGUGACACUGCCUAGCCUUAGGGAGCUUUCCAAACUUGUAUAUUUGAACUUGGAGAAUUGCAAGUGGUUGGAAUCUUUGCCUGAGCUUCCUUUCCCUACUACUCUCCAGCAGGAUUGUCGAAAGAACAAAUAUUGGAAGAGAACAGGAUUGUUCAUUUUGAACUGUCCUAAAAUAAGGGAUAAGGAACGAUGCAGUAGAAUGACAUUUUCAUGGAUGACACAGUUCAUUCAAGUGAACAAAGAAUACCCUGCCUUCCUUGAAAUUGGUAUUGUCAUUCCAGGAAGUGAAAUACCAAGUUGGUUCAAAAAUCAGAGUGUUAAUGGUAGUUCAAUACCUGUAUCGCCUGUUAUGCAGGACAAGGGCAAUAAUAUGGUUGGCUUUUUAUGUUUUGCAGUGUUUUCUUUAGCACAUCGUUAUCUAACAAUGACAAGAAGUUCUCAAUGGAGACCUCAGAUGACACCGGAUGCACCAUUAGGCCACGUUGCCUAUCUUCCAGUAAUUGUUGAUGGAGAUCUUAUUAAUGUCAAAUCAAAUCACAUCUGGCUAGUCUAUAUCCCUAGGGAGUCGUCCUAUGAUGUUACAUUACUGCAUAAUUUUUUCCAUGUUCAUAGCAAUGAAGGCUUGGAUGUGGAGGUGAAGAAAUACGGGUAUCGUUGGGUAUAUAAACAAGAUCUACAAGAGUUCAACUCAACAAUGAUGCAUCCCGAAAAUAUGUCAACUCUGAAGCGCAAGUUUUUGGUAAUUGAAGAUGAGGCACAACCACAACCAUAGCUACACUCUUUCAGAUAAUGAAAUAACUCUCAAGUUUUUUUGCAAUUGAAGGUGAGUCAUUUUUCCUAGUUAUUUUGUUAUUAUCAAAUAAAAAAUAAUUGUUAUUUAUUUAAUCAUAUAAUAUCAAUUUAAUUUUUAAUUUUUAAAUUAAAUAUAUUUUAAAUUUUGAUUGUUAUUAUUAAAUUAAUAUCAAUUUAAUAUUUAAUUUUAAAAUUAAUCGUCACAACAUCACUAAUUCAUUCGAAGCACAGACAAUUAUUCAUCGAUUAAGGUUCCAAUUUCAUCUAAAUUCUCGGACAACACAAGCAAAUGAUAGUGAAUACACAUGAGUUUGGCAAGCCAAUGUGAAAUUCAUUGUAAUGUUCUCCCGAACAUGAGCAGGAAUAGGGAGAGGGUUGAGAAGCCUUGUAGGAAGAGAUUUGGUGAAUUUGGCCUAUUGACAAAUGGUGCAGACCAAGCAAGGGAUAACUUUCAAGAUAAUGCAUCUACAACCUUAUUAUCCUUGUCAGGCAUGUACUCAAUGGUAAAAUGAAAUCUAAUGAAUUUGUGUACCCAAGCCUAUUGUUCAUGUGUUUGUAAGGUCUGGUCUAGCAAUGACUUCAGGAUUUGUUGGUCAAUUUUGAUGAUAAACUUAUGUCAUAGUCAGUAAUGCCUCCUGAAAUUAGCUAAUGCUUUAGUAAUGGCAUGAAAUCCUCUAAUAUAAGCAGAAUAUUUUUGUGCUUGAGAUCCCAGUUUUUUGUGAAAAAUCUGCAAUAGGAUGUCCCUUCUAACUGAGAACAACCCAUAUGUCAAUGCCUGAGAGAAGUCAGGUAAGACCAAGAUAGGAAUUAAAAUUAUGGCAUGUUUAAGUGUUGAGAAAGCCUUGGCAGUGUUGUCAAACCAAUGAAAAAUUUCUUUCUUCAAUAACUCAAUGAGAGGCCCAUCAAUAGUUGCAUAGGUUUUGAUGAAUCUUCUAAAAUACCAUGUCAAUCCUAGGAAGCCCCUGAGAUGUUUCAAGUUUGUUGGGAUAGGCCAAUCUAUGACAACUUAUACCUUAGAUUUAUCCAAGGUCACUCCAGAGCCUGACAUAGUGUGGCCAAGAUAGUCUACUCCAGUCACGCCAAAUGAACAUUUGGAAAAUUUGUCAAAUAGUUUGUGGUGUUCCAACAACUUUAGGAAACUUUCCAAAUGAUAUAAAUGGCUGGUUAGACUAUAAAUCAAUAUACCAUCAAAGAUUAACAAUACAAAUUUCCUUAAAACUUCUUGAAAGACUUGAUUCAUGAGACAUUGAAAUGUGGCAAGGGCAUUGGACAAUCUAAGUGGCAUCACAAGCCUUUCAUAGUGUCCAUGAUGAGUUUUGAAAGAUGUCGUAGGUUUAUCCUUGGGGUUCAUGAUUAUUUGAUGAUAAUAUGGACUCAAGUUAAGUUUUGUAAAGACUUAUGCACCAUAAAGUUUAUCUAGGAGUUCAUCAACUGUAAGAAGUGGAAAGUUAUUUUUAACUGUUAUGGCAUUGAGAGCUCGACAGUUAGUACAAAACUUCUAUGUCCCAUCUUUUUUUAUCCAAUAUGAUAGGGGGAGAAAGGGCUAGUAAUAUGUUGAAUGAUGUCUUAUAUAAGCAUUUCAUCCACCAUAGUUUCAAUUUAGGCUUUCUCACUGCCAAGAUAGCCGCAUGGUCUUACUUUGACAAUUUUGGAUUCUUCAAUGAGAAGAAUGGAGUGAUUAUGUUGUCUUUAUUUAAAUAUGAAGCUAUAUUUCCCUAUACUAGUUUGAGUUCCAGUAAUGACAAUCAUAAUAAUGUCACAAUUUUAAUGACAAUCAUAAUAUGCAAUUUCUAGCGCAACAUGGCAUUUGAACCGGGUAACAUUCUUCCUUUAUGCCAUUCUUCUUUUGUUAUAUCAUAUGACAAACUUUUCUGCAUCCCAUUAUAAAUUUAGGACCCCACUACUUACAAACAGAAAGUUAAAUCCCAACAAUAGAUUAAGGCAUUAAUGUUUAAAUUCAGGCACUCAACCUUAAGUAAAAUUAUCUAUUGAAUUUUCGGGUGAGAAAUAUAAGAAAAUUUAACCAUAAAAACAUUGUAGUAAGAAAGUUUAAUACGACAAAACAUGACACGUUUAUUGCAUAGUUUGAAAAUCUAUGAAAAUUGCAUUUCAGUCACAUGAUAGAUAGUUACAUCUUUUAAUCACCUAUAACAAAAGCUUCAACUGGGAAGGUUUUGACAAUCCCAGCAAAACCCUUGAAGUGAAUCUUUCCAUUAGAUACUUCAUCAACCGUAAUUUCAUAGACAGGAGGCCACAACAUGACUUCUUUAGCUUUCACACCUUUAAGCUUCUUAAUUUUCUUCUUCAACAAGUAACCAAUGAUUUCAGUAUCAUAACUCACCAGCUUUCCAAUCAAUUCAAACUUGUGUUCGACUUUCUUCUUCUGCAAGAUUCGGAAGUGUUGGAUCACGAUUUUAACAACUUUGCCACCAAAGAAAUUACCGGGUCGAGUCGCGGAUCGGUACGCUUUCUUUAAGACGUUUCGCGGUACUGCCAAAAUUAUGCAAAGCAGCUCUUAAUAACCACGACGCCUCCAGGAUAAAACAGCCCAGUUCUAUACUAUACGAUUACUACUUGCACGGUAGAUAAUCGGUCUAGAAAUACACCCUCAAAUGGUACUAGGACCAUUCAAAUAUGGUAUGAAUACCAUCUUAGUAUCUGGUAUAAAGACCAGUCGUAGUAAUUUCUCAAACCAAGAGAAAUUUCAAUAAUUCUCUAAAGAGAAUCCAAGAAAAAAUUAUACUUAUAAUUUCUCAACUCAAACGAGGAGAAAUUAACAUUAUUCUCUAAAGAGAAUUCAAGAAGGUACUCGGAAAAUUCAACGAGUAGAAAGAAAGAGGGAGAAGUUGGCGCUUCGACAAUUCGAAAGACGCAGAGUUAUGAGAGUGAGGAAGGAAAAACUCAAAUUAAGUUUUUGGUGUGUUUUGGAAUGAAACAAGUGACUUCAUUAUAUAAUGAAAUAAACUAGCUAAGAUUUCUAAUCUAAGCAAUGUGGGACUAAGAAGUUUUUUCAACUAAUAUACAAUGUGGGACUUCACUUAAUGAACUUUUUUCAAUUCAUCUCCCUAUAUUGGAAUAUAUGCAUAAUGUUCCAACAAUCCCCCGCUUGAAUUUAAAACAGUGUU